GAGGGAAGAAACAUGAUGCUGAUGUGGAUUUUGGUGGUGACCACACUGCUUGUCAGUGAUGUGGCAGGCUCAAUUCCUAUCCAACAAAAUGGGACUGAUCCCAUGGACGCGGACGAGCUAUGGUUCUUGAUUCACAGUCUAACCCAAGGACUUUGUGAUGACAAGUGGUUUUAUUUUGUUGAUGUAAACUCCUGUUUCCGGUAUUACCCUUACUCAAUGACAUGGAAUGAAGCUCAGGAUUUCUGCAAUCGAUACACACAUUAUGGAAAUCUGGCAACUGCGACCUCAGACAGACACAACACAUUCAUUUCCACAGUGAUCACUUAUGUGGAUAAAAAGAACCCAACGACGUGGAUUGGCCUGAAUGACAUAUGGGAGGAAGGGAAUUUCGCAUGGAGUGAUGGAACAAGCUACACCUAUAGAAAUUGGGCUAAAUCUGAACCCAGUGAUCGACAGUCCAGUGAAAACUGUGUGCAGAUUCAUUUUUUUUCAGGUACUAAAGAGUGGAAUGAUUCUAACUGUGGCAAGAAACAUGGUUUUGUUUGUUCGUACAAACUGCACUGAAAUUGGAAGACUCCAGAACCAUCCACUCAUGAUUUCAAACAGUGGAUUCAGUGCCUGAUUUCUUUGUAGCUGCUCUCACUGUCUGUGGUGUCUGU